ACAGCCCUUCGGCUCCAGUAAAUGUCACAGUCAAACACCUGAAAGCCAACUCGGCCGUGGUCACCUGGGAUGUCCUGGAAGACGAAGUUGUCAUUGGAUUUGCAAUUUCCCAGCAGAAGAAGGACGUGCGGAUGCUGCGCUUCAUCCAGGAGGUGAACACCACCACCCGCUCCUGUGCCCUCUGGGACCUAGAGGAGGACACUGAGUACAUUGUGCAUGUCCAGGCCAUCAGCAUCCAAGGCCAGAGCCCUGCCAGUGAGCCAGUCCUCUUCAAGACCCCCAGGGAAGCUGAGAAACUAGCCUCUAAAAAUAAAGAUGAGGUGACAAUGAAGGAGAUGGCGAAGAAAAACCAGCAGCUGCGAGCGGGGGAAGUUCUCAUCAUUGUUGUGGUGUUGUUCAUGUGGGCAGGUCAGUCCCAGCUUUCUCACAUUGAAUAUCCACAGGAUAUCCUCAGGAAUGCCUGGCUGCACGUGGAACCAUGGAAGAAACCUUUCCUCACACACAAAAACCAGAAUUCCCAGCUCUAAGGGCACCUCAAGUUGGGUUUUGCAGCUCCAGUUGGGUCCACCAAGAAGCAGGAAAUGGAUUUGAUGGAAGCAAUUCCCUAUGGAUAAUCCUGUAAUCUCAUUUUUUUUCCAGACUGCCCUGAUUAUGAUGCUCUCAGCCACAGAAUCAUGGAAUGGUUUGGGUAGGAAGGGACAUAAAGAUCAUUUUGUUCCACCCAACCUUCCACCAGAGCAGGUUGCUCCUGGAACAUUUCCAGGGAUCCAAAUUCCAACAAGACAUGCCUUGAGUUCUUCAGAUAUUACAGGUUGCAUUAAUUUUCUGGAUAUUAUAAAACUCCAAUGCUCAGGCAAAAUAGAGAUUUAAGAGUCUUGCUCUCCACACCCACUAUUUAUAUUUAUAUU